AUGUCUCCUACGUACUCUGAUGUCGAAUUGUCGGACCAAGCACUAGAGGAUGAUAGUGACAUAUCCCGCGUGUCUUUUCGGCCGGACUAUAGCGAUAGCGAUAAAUCGGACGCCGAUAAAGCCCCAGUUUCGACAACUCAGACUUCACCCGAGCCUUCACGGUCUCCUAAACACUAUGACGGAGUCUCACGUAGCUCUAAACCCUCCGUGCGUGGUCCCGUUCGCUCUAGGAAUUUACUAGAUUUCAGUGACGAUCCCGAUGACGACACUGACGAGGACAUUGCAAACAUUCCUCUUGACUAUGGGCGUUCUGAGAAAACUAAGGUUCGCGGGGUUCGAAUUGAGCAACGCUGGAUCAGCCCUGAAGAUAGCGAAGAGAUUAAUGUAGGAAUUCGGAAACUGAUCAACAAAUUCGGGCUCAAUCAACAAGAGCGAGGCAAAGAACUAGUCUAUGUACAAGAUCUGACCGAAUUGAAUGAGACCAUUCUUCGAACCCAGGAAAGGCGAUUUCAUUUUGGAUACGAGCGUAUUCAAAUGUGUCUCUUUAGCAUGAUUGGCAUCUACACCGUGAAUCGACUGAGUGCGCUGCUUUCGUUACAGCUCAAGCAUCUGCAGUUCUCUAUACAGAAGGAUCCUCACGGUGGCCCUCCUGUGCUUCUAGUAGAGAUCAGGUUAGAGCACACGAAGCGGUUCCUCGGGUCUGAAGCCAUCAAUACUUUUGCAUUUCCUAAAAUCAUCGACGACCCCUCUCUUAUCUUCAGCCCGCAUGUAUUCAUCUUUGGUAUCCUCUUCUGGCUACAAGCUUUUAAAUCUCCAGCCCUUUCUUCUAUAGAGAAACUUCGAAGUCUGUUUGUUCAAGGUGGUCGCCAGCAGAUGCCACUCCCCUUGAAACCCGAGGUCGAGGAUCGUUAUAUCUUUUGCAAGACAGAAGUCGUCAACGGGCGUCCGAUUCUUCGGUAG